AAUCUAAAAGGAUUCUUUCAACUUCUAAGCUUCUACUGCUGCCUCUGCAAUUUUAACAGUGUAUACAAUGAAAGGAAAUUCAAGCCAAUUGGCCUCUGAAGCAAUAGCACCACCCCACAACAUGGAAGCUGGUGAAGAUGAAAGAGACCCAGAAAGCAAUGAUUCUCUCCAACACCCACUCCUCAAGAGAAGCAUAACUCUAUCUUCCAAUCCAUUAGCCCUGGUUGGAGCUAAAGUCUCUCACAUAGAGAGCUUGGAUUAUGAGAUCAACGAGAAUGAUUUUUUCAAGCAUGAUUGGAGAAGCAGAUCCAAAGUUCAAGUUCUGCAAUAUAUUUUCAUGAAAUGGACACUUGCCUUUCUCGUUGGACUUCUCACUGGUUUAAUUGCCACCCUUAUCAAUCUUGCAAUUGAGAACAUUGCUGGCUAUAAGCUUCUUGCUGUUUUUCAAUUCAUAGAGAAUGAAAGGUAUUUAACAGGGUUAGCUUAUUUUGCUGGAGCUAAUCUUAUUUUAACUGGGUUUGCUUCUGUUUUGUGUGUGUGCUUUGCACCCACAGCAGCAGGGCCUGGCAUCCCUGAAAUCAAAGCUUAUCUUAAUGGAAUUGAUACUCCCGACAUGUUUGGGGUCUCAACGUUGAUUGUUAAGAUAUUUGGAAGCAUUGGAGCUGUUGCUGCUGGUCUAGAUUUAGGGAAAGAAGGACCAUUGGUACACAUUGGCAGCUGCAUUGCUUCCCUAUUAGGCCAAGGGGGACCUGAUAAUUACCGUGUCAAGUGGCGAUGGCUUCGUUACUUUAACAACGACAGGGAUCUCCGGGACAUCAUCACUUGUGGUGCUUCGUCAGGUGUUUGUGCAGCCUUCCGAGCUCCGGUGGGUGGUGUGUUGUUUUCUCUUGAGGAGGUAGCAACUUGGUGGAGGAGUGCACUUCUCUGGAGAACUUUCUUUAGCACAGCCGUUGUGGUGGUGGUGCUCAGGGGUUUUAUAGAACUCUGCAAUUCAGGAAAGUGUGGACUUUUUGGAAGAGGAGGGCUGAUCAUGUUUGAUGUGAGCAAUGUUACUGUGACUUAUCAGGCGAUGGAUAUCAUCCCAGUGAUCAUAAUUGGCAUACUUGGUGGAGUUCUGGGGAGCAUCUACAACUACCUUCUUCACAAGGUCCUCAGAGUCUAUAAUCUCAUCAACCAGAAGGGAAGAAUGCCCAAGCUACUCCUCAGUUUAACAGUUUCAAUUUUUACCUCAGUGUGCCUGUAUUGCCUCCCAUUUCUUGCCAGAUGCCAGCCUUGUGAUCCCUCCACAACAGAGCCAUGUCCUACCAAUGGACGUUCUGGCAACUUCAAGCAAUUCAACUGUGCUAAGGGCUAUUACAAUGAUCUUGCUACACUUCUUCUUACCACAAAUGAUGAUGCUGUCCGAAACAUCUUCUCUUCCAACACUCCAAAAGAAUUUCAGCCUGUGUCUCUCUUAAUUUUCUUUGCAGUUUAUUGCGUUUUAGGACUAUUUACCUUUGGCAUUGCAGUACCCUCAGGUCUCUUCCUCCCUAUGAUACUUAUGGGGUCAGCUUAUGGCCGUCUGCUUGGUGUUAUCAUGGGUUCCUAUACCAAUAUUGACCAGGGGCUUUAUGCAGUUCUUGGUGCAGCUUCGCUCAUGGCUGGCUCGAUGAGGAUGACUGUUUCACUCUGUGUAAUUUUUCUUGAACUUACAAACAACCUUUUAUUACUUCCCAUAACAAUGAUUGUCCUCCUGAUAGCAAAAACAGUAGGAGACAGCUUCAAUCCAAGUGUUUAUGAUAUUAUACUGCACCUAAAAGGCCUACCUUUCUUGGACGCAAAUCCUGAGCCAUGGAUGAGAAAUCUCACCGUGGGCGAGCUUGCUAAUGCCAAAUCACCACUGGUUACUCUUUCUGGAGUGGAGAAGGUUUCCCGGAUUGUAGAUGUCCUUAAAAACACCACGCACAAUGGGUUCCCUGUGGUGGACGAGGAGGUGGUACCGCCUGUUGGGCAAGCCACAGGGGCAACAGAAUUGCAUGGAUUAAUCCUGCGAGCUCACCUUGUUCAAGCGCUCAAGAAGAAGUGGUUCCUGAAGGAGAAGAGGAGAACAGAGGAGUGGGAAGUAAGAGAGAAAUUUACGUGGGUUGAGUUGGCUGAGAGGGAAGGGAAGAUUGAAGAGGUUGCAGUGACAAUGGAUGAAAUGGAAAUGUAUGUUGAUCUGCAUCCUCUCACCAAUACAACACCGUACACGGUUGUAGAGAGCAUUUCAUUGGCAAAAGCUCUGGUGCUUUUCAGGCAAGUAGGGCUUCGCCACUUGCUCAUUGUUCCCAAAUAUGAAGCUGCCGGCGUGUCUCCGGUGGUCGGAAUGUUGACUCGGCAGGAUUUAAGGGCAUACAACAUCUUGAGUGCCUUUCCUCAUUUGGUCAGAUCAGAUUGCAGAGAAAAGCAGAACUAAAUUUGUGAUGGCAAACAAAUGGGUAACACAAGCUUUGCUUGAACCAUCAAUUUUUCUUGUUCCUUUUAAUUUUUUUUCACCUGAAAAUUUCCAUUCUUUCAUCAAAUUCUACAAGAUUGAUAUUAAACGAUAUUCAUUUGUAAGCCUUUUGGCCCCUGUUUGUAUUCCAUUUAAUUCCCUUAAUCUACAACAGAGAAUACAAUAUAUCUGUUUCUGUUGUA